UGACAGUGGACUGAUCGUCUGAUUGCAUCUUCGCAUCUUGGGCUCACAAUUUGGACACAAAACCAAAGUAAACGCAAACAACAAACAGAACACUUCUAACUACUAUCAACAAAUCGGCAAAAACACAAGACAACAACUGAUGAGCAAGACAUAUGAUGCUAUUCCUGUGGUUCUCCUAGCAGAGCCACUCGAUUCGCCUAACAACACGCGCACCACCAACUUGGCCCUUGCCAAAAAGCAGCACAAGGACAUUGAUGAGCUGCAACUGGAGCGCUUGGUCGAGCAAGGAUACUCACGUGGCCUUGCAGAGAGCUUGACCAAGACCAAGGCCGCCUUUGGCCAACGUAUCUGGAUCAUUGACAACUCUGGAAGCAUGCGCCACACUGAUGGACAUCGCAUUGUCCCCACUCUGAAGAAGGGGGACGUCAAGAUGGUUCCAUGCUCUCGUUGGGAAGAAAUUCAAGAAUGUGUCAAAUAUCACAUUGCAAUGGCAGGAGCAAUUGAGGCUUCCACAUACUUUCGAUUCCUGAAUCACCCCGGUGCAAAUGUGGGCCCUCAGCAAUUCUCAGUUGCUGACAACUCUGAGCGCAUCAUGGAGGAUGUCCAUGAUGCCCAAAACAUCAUCCGCCGUGCCAAGCCUGGUGGCUGCACACCACUCACCAGCCACAUCCUGGAAAUCCACCGUGAAGUCAAGGCAUUGGCCCCUGAGCUUCGCAGGACUGGCCAGAGAGUGACAAUUGUCAUUGCCACCGAUGGGCUACCGACUGACGAAUGUGGCUAUGGUGGCGAGGUCCUGCAGAAGGAGUUCGUAGAUGCUCUUCGCAUGUUGGAGGGCCUCCCUGUGUGGGUUGUGAUCCGCCUCUGCACCGAUGAAGACAAAGUCGUGGAGUUCUACAAUGAUCUUGAUGUGAUCCUUGAACUUUCUGUGGAAGUUCUUGAUGACUUUGUGGCUGAGGCCAAGGAAGUCUGUGAAUUCAACCCUUGGCUGAACUAUGCUUUGCCAAUUCACCGCAUGCGUGAGAUGGGCUACCAUGAUCGUGUGUUCGACAUGCUUGACGAGAGGCUGCUGACUAAGAGCGAGCUUCGUGAUUUCUGCUUUCUCCUCUUUGGAGAAUCGAACUUUGAUGGCGUCCCUGAUCCUUCUUUGGACUGGGAUGGAUUCAUCCAGAAUGUGGAGAGACUUCUCCAGUCAGAAUCUCUUCAGUGGAACCCGGUCAAGCAGCGCAUGAAGCCCUGGAUCAGUGUCAAAAAGCUCAACCGCUGCUAUGGUGGUGGUGCCACCUGCGUGAUUCUGUAACGAACGGCACCUCACUUCAUGCACCACCUCAAAGAGACCCGGCAAGCCCGCGAAAGAACUCACCGAAACCGACAUGAAUACAUGUAGCCUGCAUAAUUCUGUAAUGCAUUUGAUUCCAUAACUUC